GUCGUCGCAUUGUCAUCGAAAGAAAUAGGUCAUCUGACUGACGCUGGCACUGAGUAGAAAUCAUACGAAAACUGUGAUGUUUGUGUUGUGAAAUAUUCAAUUAAGUUUGAAAAUGAGCCAGCCUGAAACAGGAACUAUUGUUGAAGGUAUAGGAGAUGAGCUGUUUCAUAUCUUUGGGUUAAUAAUCGUAGUCGCCGUGCCGUUUUUUGUCGCUUAUCGAAACCGGUUAACAUUAAUAGCAACCAGAGCCAUACACCCAGAGAGUGAAGCCCAGGUCCAGCAUACACGCACCCAGCUCGGCUACGGCAGAUCAAAUGACCCCGAUGGGAUUGCAGCCACCAAUGGGCAAGCAACUGGGGAGUCAAACAGACCAGACAGUGGUGACGGGCAGAGCAGUAAUGGACGACGUGGUAUGAGCACCCAGCAGUAUAAUGGAGACGCACCUUGCCCUAUCUGCCUUGAAGAGAAAGAAUGCGCAGCUGAGACUAAUUGCGGUCAUGUGUUUUGUGGUAACUGUUUAAUUGCCUACUGGAGACAUGGUACAUGGCUUGGUGCUAUAAGCUGUCCUGUGUGUAGGCAAAUGGUAACAAUUAUCCUACCAGUCUUCCAACAAGAUGAACAGAAUAGUGGUGAGGGGAGAAGAAUUCUUGCAGAAAUCAGGGAUUAUAAUAGAAGAUUUUCAGGAGAGCCCAGACCUUUUAUGGACUACAUCUAUGAUCUUCCAACCUUGCUACGUCACGUUGCACAUGACUUCUUUUCUUUCCAUGGAGUUGUUUGGAUGUUCCGUCUGAGGAUCAUUUUCUGCUUCGCAGCGGCCCUUCUCUACCUUAUAUCCCCUCUAGACAUCAUUCCAGAGGCAGUCUUUGGGGUUCUAGGACUCUUUGAUGACAUCUUUGUGGUCCUGAUCUUGGCUAUCUAUGUCACAGUUAUCUACAGGGGUAUUGUGGCGCAAAGGAUGGAAUAGCACCAAGGUCAUAAUAAAUGAACGGUUAAUUGCUGAUUGGUCUACAACCGCUACGUCUACUUUCCAUUUGGUCUAGUUAUCCCACACGAUCUAAUCCUACCUCAUAUACAACCAGUUAAUCUACAAAUUACUAGGUCUGAUUGCUAUUGGUCCAUUUACGAUUCCAGUAAGGCUCUACCUAUAUUUUCUAAUACCUACGUUCACAUUGUUAUUUUUAUGGUUAAAUGAGCUGUUCAUGAAACAAAUUUUAAUUUUACAAGGUAACAAAAGAAAAUAGAUGAAGUGAUAUUGGACCAACUGGGCAUUGAACUGAAUGAUAAUUAGACAAAGUUGUUAUUAGACCAAGUGUAGUGUUGACCAAAUGGCUUGUAGAUCAAGUGAAUAUAAACUUAAAGGACAAGUCUACCCCGACAAAAAGUUGAUUUGAAUAAAAAGAGAAAAAUCCAACAAGCAUAACACUG